UUCCUUCUGGGCGCAGAUCCACUUUCUUGUCCUCUAGACGAGUUACUCCUCUGGGAAUCAGGCGUCUUCAGGGUGAAUGCAUCAGCGUCGGCCGUAAAACCCCCCAAGAAGGCUCCUCAGGUCAACAAGAAAACGAAGGAAAAACCAAAUAAGGCACUAUCACAGGCUGUAAAAUCUGCUAGUGCCGAAAUGGAAGAGCUCCAGAGUUUACAAGUGGAAGUUACCCCUGACGAGAUGCUAAAGGCUGAGUGGAAUUUUUCAUCGAAGUCGGAUGUGAAACCCCUCCUCGAGCUGCAGGGCAGACUGAAAAAGUUGAAGCAAAUUUUUUUCUGCAUCUACUCUUUGUCACAUCGUAAGCAACCGUUUUUGUGCUUCACGUUUUAUAGGCAUCCGGCCAAAAAGGACGCAGGCAUCCGAAAUAUUUUAAUUACGUCCGCACUACCCUAUGUCAACAACGUCCCACAUCUGGGUAAUCUAAUUGGAUCCCUGCUUAGUGCAAACAUCUUCUCGAUAUACUGCGAACUUGCUGGCUAUAAUGUCCUAUCAAUCUGUGGUACGGAUGAAUACGGCACGGCAAUUGAAGCCAAAGCACAAACCGAGGGUCUUUCGCCAAGUCAAGUUGCUGAGAAGUAUUCUGCCCUGCAUCAACAGGUCUACGAUUGGUUUGAUAUUCACUUUGAUUAUUUUGGACGCACUUCCACCCAAAAGCACACCGAAUCUUUAGCCGACCGUCUUGUCGAGGGAAUCUGCUAUUUCUGUAAGGCAGAUGGUGCCCGUGGCGAUCAGUGUGAUGCUUGCGGCAAACUGAUAAAUGCUGUGGAGCUGAUUCAGCCUCGAUGUAGCACUUGUGGAACAACCCCGGUCGUUCAGUCCUCUGAUCAUCUUUUCUUGGAUCUUCCCAAGCUGGAAAGACAGGUGGCGUCCUUCUUCGAACAGCGCGUCAACGACCCAAGCGCUAACUGGACUCAGGUCGCCCAGAGUAUCUCUCGGGCCUGGUUGCGAGACGGACUGAAACAGCGCUGUAUUACGCGCGAUCUGAAGUGGGGAGUUCCAGUGCCUUUAAAGAAGUUCGGCCACAAAGUUUUCUACGUGUGGUUUGAUGCUCCCAUGGGUUAUCUCUCAAUCACAGCCAACUACACCCCCGACUGGCGUUUAUGGUGGCAGCCUCCGACUGACAUUGCCCCCGUUGAGUACUUCCAGUUUAUGGCUAAGGAUAACGUUCCCUUCCACGCAUCCAUCUUCCCCGCCUGCUUGCUGGGUGUCAAUGAAGGUUACACUAUGGUGAAGAACCUCAUUGCUGUCGACUACCUCAACUACGAGGGGAAGAAAUUCUCCAAGAGCCGUAGUGUUGGCGUGUUUGGGGACAAUGCCAAAGAAACUGGCAUAGACUCAAACAUUUGGCGUUUCUAUCUGGCUUAUAUUCGCCCCGAAAACCAGGAUAGCACUUUCUCAUGGGAAGACUUCGCGACUAAAAAUAAUUCUGAGCUUCUGAACAAUCUGGGGAAUUUCAUCAACCGGUAA